AGAGGUGGCGAACGCGGGGCGGGACAAAGUCCGGGGGUUGUGUGAGGCGCCGGUGCCGCCGCCGGCGCUCGCCGGGAGGAGCGCCCGAGGAGUGCGAGAUACCCUCCCAAAAUCCCAGCUGAAGGACGGCGCACGCCCCUUCCUCCGGCUCGGCCCAUCCCGGCACUUGUCCCUGUCACUGCUCUCGGUUUGUCUGCCAAACCACUAGCGAUGGCUCCAUUCGCCCUCGCUCGCCGAGCCAUAAAAAAAAAACAAAGAUAACAAAACACAGAUGACAUAAUUAACAAAAAACCUUCACAAAACCUACAUUAUAAAAUACUGUAAUAUAACGCAGCGAAUAAAAGCAGUAGACGGGAGGUAUCAGUGGAAAAUCCCUUGAAUUUCACUAUAUUUUACGUAUUUUUAAAAUAUAGUAAAUAUAAUAGUAAAUGGCAGCAACAUCACAAUCCAUGAUCAUCAUUCAACCUAAAAAAACACUUUAUAUUUUCAUAGCCAAUGCGAAUAUUUACCUAGUAAUCAUUACUAUUUAUGUUACUAUUAUUACUGUUUAUGUUGCUAUUUAUGUUACAUACUAUACUAUAUGUCAGGCUUAGCUUUACAUGCAUUGCUAUUAACCACUCAGGAGGACCCAGACUAGUGCUACCUCUGUUAUUUCAAGGUCUGUUGAAUUCUGAGUGUAGAAUGGCGAAGAAGGAGGGCACUGGCUUUUCCCUGUGUAUGCAUCCAGGUGUGGUGACAGGUGACAGACUUCUAAGUUUCCAACGUUGUUGAAAAGCAAGUGACUGGAUGCUUUGCUUCACAACACACUGAGAUCAGAUGGUUCUGAAAAGAUUUAUGGCAUUCACCAUGGUGGCUCUGUGCUGGAAGCUGCCCAUCUGCUUUCUCUUCUACCAAGUGGUCUCAGGCAGAGUGAGGAGGGAGGGGCACUACGUGGCAGCCGUGUACGAGCACGAGUCCAUCCUGAGCCCGACCCCGGCGGCGCUGGUGGAGCGCCGCUCCGCGCUGGAGCUCAUGGGCAGGAACCUCGACAUCUAUGAGCAGCAAGUGCAGGCUGCUGCCAGGCAGGGUGCACAGAUCAUUGUUUUUCCUGAAGAUGGAAUCCAUGGCUUCAACUUCACCAGAAGCUCCGUUUACCCUUACUUGGAUUUUGUUCCACAUUCACACUCUGGGAAGUGGAAUCCCUGCAGAGAGCCUUAUUUGUUCAAUGACACAGAGGUCGUUCAGCGCCUGAGCUGCAUGGCUCUGAAGAACAAGAUAUUCCUUGUGGCCAACUUAGGCAGCAAGCAGCCGUGUGAGCGCUCGGAUCCUCGGUGCCCGUCGGACGGGAGGUACCAGUUCAACACCAAUGUGGCGUUUGCUGCGGAUGGAACGCUGCUGGCCACGUAUCGCAAACACAACCUGUACUUCGAGUACGCCUUUGACACCCCUCCAGAGCCAGACUAUGCAUUCUUCGACACCCCUUUUGCUGGCAAGUUUGGCAUGUUCACUUGCUUUGAUAUACUCUUCUUUGAGCCUGCAGUGAACCUCAUCAGACAGUACAAUUUGAAGCAAAUUGUUUAUCCAACUGCCUGGAUGAACCAGCUCCCUCUUUUGUCUGCUGUAGAGUUUCAGCAAGCUUUUGCAACAGCUUUCAAUGUCAAUAUGUUAGCAGCCAACAUCCACCACCCUACCUUGGGCAUGACAGGGAGUGGCAUAUACACUCCAGUCAAAUCAUUCAUCUAUCACAACAUGGAAAGUUAUGGUGGAAAGCUCAUAGUAGCAGAAAUUCCCGUGAUUACUGCAGAUUAUAAAACCAAUUUAGAAAGUAAUGAAAGAUUUAGAGAGAACUUACAUGACUCAUGCAGGACUUCUACGAGCACCUCACUGGAUGAUGAAGUUUGCUUUAAGGAGCAAGAAGAGAUUCCUGACAGAAUAUCUGAAAAAGGAAAGGAACAGUCACCUCCUUCCUUUUAUGCAGAAAUGAUGUAUGACAACUUCACUUUUGUUCCUGUAUGGGGGGAAAAAGGAGAACUCCAGGUUUGUGCCAAUACCCUUUGUUGUUACCUAAACUAUCGGAGAGCUGUUUUGACCGAUGAAUUAUAUGCUUUGGGAGUUUUUGAUGGGCUCCAUACAGUGCAUGGCACAUACUAUGUCCAGGCCUGUGCCUUGGUGAAGUGUGGUGGUCUCAGCUUUAGCACUUGUGGACAGGAGGUCACAGAUGCCACUGCUCUGAUAGAUUUCCAGCUAUGGGGAAAUAUGAGCACCCCUUACAUCUUUCCUUUGCUGCUGACAUCUGGUAUUACCUUGGACUUUGCUGAUCACAUGGGCUGGAAAAACAACUACUAUUUCCUCAGCAAAAAUAGAACAUCCUCUGGCCUCUUGACAGCUGCUGUCUAUGGACGAUGGUAUGAAAAGGACUAGCACAGAUAUUUGACUGAGUCAGAAAACAACUGCCUGUAUGUUCAAAGUAUGCUUCUUAACAGAAAUUGUUGAACAUCCAUAUUUCAGAGAAAUUCAGGUGUGUUUGUCCCAUCACUGCCUGAUUCGGUCCCCCAUUUGAAAUAAUGGCUCUAAGUACAGUCGUUACCAUUGUUGUACCACGAGUGAAAGAACUGCCUUGCAAAGGUAAAGGCUUGCUUGAUCUGGUGAGAUGUUUUAUACCAGAAAAUAACACUUCUCAUUUCAACUGAAUUUGUUCCUUUUAAUUUAAUCCUUUGGUUUUUGGGGGUCCUGGCUGGGAGUAUGGAAAUGAAUGGAAAACUAUUGCAAGAAAAAAAAACAAAACAAAACAAAUGAAAGGGAAGGAAGACACAAAUAUUGUCCAUAAUAUGCACAAAACCAUGUAGGUAUACAUACAUAUAGGUUUUAUGUGCUGAGGUUCUGAUUUCUGGUUAGAGUGCCAUUUUUGGCACUCUUUGAUUGUUUUUUUCCUAGAGUCAAAAACUCCCAGCUGAAAUCAUUACCAGUGACUGGCCACUCGGGUAUCUGUAAUCCUGUUACACAUUUAACUGAGUGUUACAGUUGUAAACAUCUACAGAAUAGCUAAUCUGGGGAACAGGAUAUAAAUGACUGUGAAAACCUAGACUGCAGCAAGACACAAUUCACAAGAAAUUAUGUUUAAAGAAAACAUCAGCAUUGAA